AAGCUCCGACUUGGGCAGCCUUCCUGGAAGAUGUGGCCACUCCUGCUUCUACACCUGCUGGCCUUUUCACUACUCCCUGAGGCAGAGGCAGGAGAGAUCAUCGGGGGACAUGAAGUGAAGCCCCACUCCCGCCCCUACAUGGCCUGCCUUUCCAUUCAAGAUAAUGGGGAGUCUAGGUGUGGCGGUGUCCUUCUGCGAGAAAACUUUGUUCUGACAGCUGCUCACUGCAAUGGAAGGAUAAUCACUGUCACCCUGGGGGCCCACAACAUCCAGGAGAAAGAGGAGACCCAGCAGGUCAUCCGGGUGAAAACAGCCAUCCCCCACCCAGACUAUAAUGCUAAGAACAUCUCCAAUGACAUCAUGUUACUGCAGCUGGAGAGAAACAUCAAGCCAACCAAUGCUGUGAAGCCCCUCCACCUGCCCAGGGGCAAGAGCCCGCCAAGGCCAGGACAGAAGUGCGCUGUGGCCGGCUGGGGAAAGGUUGCCCCACAAGACAGACUCUCAGACACUCUGCAGGAAGCAUACCUGACAGUGCAGAAGGAUACGGUGUGCGAAAAUCUCUUUAACUAUUAUUACAGCAGGGCCAGUCAACUGUGCGUGGGGGACCCGAAGGAAAAGAAGGCUUCCUUUCAGGGUGACUCCGGGGGUCCUCUCAUGUGUGGCAAGAGGAUUCAGGGCAUUGUCUCCUAUGGACGUAAAAAUGGGAUGGCGCCGCGGGUCUUCACCAAAAUCUCAAGUUUCCUGCCCUGGAUAAAGAAAACCAUGAGAAACCUCACAUCGCAAGAGCCAGAUUAUCUUCUCUGGAGCUAAACCAAACCACAC